AUGCCGAUAGAGUAUUUGGAACUUCAUCAAAGGUUACUCAAACCUUUUCAUAAGAAAAACUCAUUCAUAAAUAAAUUAAGUAUGUACUGGAAAAAGCUUAAGUUGUUGGGCAGGGGUUCUUAUGGUACGGUGUCUCUUGCCACUCCAUUAACCGAUUACUAUACAUUAUUUGCUGCUGUCAAAUCCGCGGAAGAUGAUCGCUCGUCUUCGCUCCGAGCGGAAGCACAAAUAUUGCAUGCGCUGAGAGGGUCGGACUACGUAAUUAAGUGCUUCGGAGAAGAUGUAAGCAUCGAAAACGGUAAAAAAACUUAUAACCUUUUGCUGGAGUAUGCUGCUGGUGGAACUUUGCAUGACUUAAUUCAUAAGUCGAAGACGGUGCUCGGAGAAUCAGAGGCUGCGUACUAUGCUUUUCAAAUCUUAGUCGGGAUUUGUCAUGUUCAUAGUAAAGGAUUUAUCCAUUGCGAUCUGAAACCAGCUAAUAUACUUGUUUUUCCUGGCGGACAACAUGGCCUUGCAAAUGUGAAAUUGGCUGAUUUUGGGCUAUCGUUGAGAUCUGAAACCAACACAUGUUGGGACACAUCAUUGAAGAAGAGUCGUCGCCGCAGAGGGACUCUACUAUAUGCAGCACCGGAAUCUGUAGUGUGUGGGAUUCAAGAUAAAGCCGUUGAUAUUUGGGCAUUUGGAUGCAUACUUGUAGAAAUGCUCACGGGAAAGCGGGUAUGGUCAGAAUGUAAAAAUAAGAACGAAUUAAAAUUGAAGAUAGCGUAUGAAAAACCAGAGAUACCAAAUAAUAUAUCUAAUGAUGCAAAGGACUUUCUGAGUAAGUGUUUGGACAGAGAUCAUAAUUGGAGAUGGAAUGCGGAGAUGCUACUUAAUCAUUCAUUCAUCACGAAGUAUGUUAAUAAGAAGAUGAUUCAUGAGUUGAUCCAGCGGCCUUUUGGUGAUGCAGGACUCAAAACAUUGGUUUCUUUGGAGCACUUAUUUACAACAACUAGUUUCUAUUAUCCUCAUAACUCCUACUUGAGAGAAUCAAGCAGUAUUAUUACCAGCCUCCCUGAGACUAAUAAUAAUAACGCAACAGGAGACGAGCCUCUACUAUGGAUGAAUUUCAGAAACUUACAUAUAUAA